AUGUCCUGUGUUCCUUUUCUCCCCUCCACACCCCCUUCCUUCUCCUGCCAUUCUAUCCCGUCCCACCACACCACACACAUUCUCCGCCUUCUCUCACCGCUCCUCUCCUCCUUUCUCGUGUCCUCCCCUCCCGCACCUCUCUGCCCUGUCACCAACCACUUGUCCCCUUCUCCCCAAUCCUUCACUUCACAGGCAUCAAUCGCUCUCGCCCCCCUACCAACCGGACUCGCCCUGACCAAGUCUAUCGCGCUCCUCCUCUCCUCCUACCUCCUCACUCUCUUCCUCUCCGCCCUCGUAGCCCGCUCUAUAGGCCAGCUACUCGACUCCUGGGGCUCCUUUACUAGCAGCCUGGCGGACGGGAAGGGGAGGGGGGGGAAGCGGAAACGGGGGCCUACGGGGGACGGGAGCAUGAGCGAUGGGGAGAAGGUGGAGCGGAUUGGGGACGCUGCGCGCAUGUGGGGGAAGCAGGCCGCGCAGAAGGGCGCCAAGGCGCUGGCGCAGGCUGCCAUGACCGCGGGGGAGAAGGACGUACAGCAGAUCGAGACGCAAACAGAGAGAUGCACAGAGGGGUGGCAUGAGCUACGGGGAGGGGAGAAGGUGCAGCGGAUAGCGGAUGCUGCGCGCAUGUGGGGGAAUCAGGUCGCGCAGAAGGGCGCCAAGGCGCUGGCGCAGGCUGCCAUGGGUGCGGGGGAGAAGGACGUGCAACACCACACACGGCAGAGAGGCGCCAAGGCGCUGGCGCAGGCUGCCAUGGGCGCGGGGGAGAAGGACGUGCAGCAGCUGGCAGUGAGAGCAGCCAAGGCACUGGACAAGGUAGCCGACAGCAUCAAAACGCCUGUCAGACAAAAGCUGCCGCCCCUCCCCCUCUCCUCCGCCAAGUACCUCUACCUCGCGGCUGCCCUCAUGCUCUCUCCUGCGCUCCUCACCCCCGUGCCCACUGCUCCCAUGUACCUCUACCUCGCUGCCGCCCUCGUGCUCUCCCCUGCGCUUCUUACACCCGUGCCCACCGCCCAAAUGGUAGCGCCGGGCCUUCUCCUGCUCUCUAUCGCCGUCUUUCAGUCCGCCAAAACCCUGCCUGCCAACGUGCGUGCUCUCCUAGUCCCCACGGUGGCAGCAGGGGGAGUGAUGACGGCGCUGAUGGCCAUGUAUGGUUCAUAUGCUCUUAACAACUGGCAGGCGGGCAUUCGCCUCUACUCCCAGGGCGCAGGUGCAUUUCUCGUGGCUCUGAUCGGGCCUGCAGUGGGGGCGUUGGGCUUUAAGGUAUUCACAGAGAAGUCGCUGCUCAAGAGAUACGCGCUUGACAUUGCUGCCACGUGUGCAAUCAUGGUGCCAAUUCAGUUCAUGGUGACAGCGCUGCUAGGGAGGCUGCUCAUGGCGCCCCCCAUCGUCAUCAACUCGCUCAUCCCCUCACACGUUCGUGCCGUGCCGUGCCGUGCCGUGCCGUGCCACCACUCUCGGUCUAGCCAUCGAGAUGGUGCCUCUCCUCUCUGCCAGCACACAGGCCUCGUGGUGGCUGCUUGGAUCAUGCCUCACUGCCUCUUCCCAUCCCACCCCGCUUGGCCCCUUCUUUCCGUUUUCCCCUUCUCCAAUCUCCCCCUCCUCCAGACCACCCUGGGUCUAGCCAUCGAGAUGGUGCCGCUGCUCUCUGCCAGCACAGGCCUCGUGGUGGCGGGUGUGACUAUAGCAGGCACCACCGGUAUUAGCACGGCCAGAACCCUCCUCGAUCAGUGGAAGGUACAAAUGGGGGAGGGGAAGGGGAGAAAGGGGGUGGAGAGGGGGGGUGGGGGAGGUGGUAUUUGGGAUACAGGGUGGGUGCAGGACGCUAUUCACAGGGGUCUGGCAGUCGGCAUUGCCUCGCACUCCCUCGGCACCUCUGCUCUGGUUGCAGAGGAGCCUCGCUCUGCUGCGGGUAAGACGGGUGCAGGUGUUGACUGGUGCAGUAGUAGUGGGGCAGGUGUGCAGGUGUUGUCUGGCGCAGGUGUUGUCUGGUGCAGGUGUUGUCUGGCGCAGGUGUUGUCUGGCGCAGGUGUUGUCUGGCGCAGGUGUUGUCUGGCGCAGGUGUUGACUGGUGCAGGUAUGAAUUUUGCAGUGUCAGGCCUGGCCUUUGCUCUCAGGGGCACACUCAGUGUUAUCCUCAUCUCCAUCCCGGCAUUUUCUCUCUUCUCUCUCAUGAUGUGGGGUGCUGGUGUGGUUGAGGUGGGUGCUGGUGUGGUUGUGGUGGGUGCUGGUGUGGUUGGGGUGGGUGCUGGUGCGGUUGAGGUGGGUGCUGGUGCGGUUGAGGUGGGUGCUGGUGCGGUUGUGGUGGGUGCUGGUGCGGUUGUGGUGGGUGCUGGUGCGGUUGUGGUGGUUGCUGGUGCGGUUGUGGUGGGUGCUGGUGCGGUUGUGGUGGGUGCUGGUGCGGUUGUGGUGGGUGCUGGUGCGGUUGUGGUGGGUGUUGUGGCUGGCUUGGUACCAAGAGAGGAGGAAUCUUCAGCAGCGGUUGAUUAG